AAAAUGUCAUCAAUCAACAAUGAAGAAUUUCAAGAAGAAGAUAUUUGGGGUUAUACUAAUAACAAUAACAAUAAUAUUGUUAAUGAAAAAAAUCAAAUUAAUUCCAAGUUUAUGCCAAGAAGGUUAAUUAUUCCCACUUCAUCCAAGAUGAUUCCAAAGUCAAAAAACAAGAAGUCAAAUCAGGAAUUCGCAAUUGUCCAGCAUUCUGCUCCAGUAAAAAUACCUGAUUGGUCAAAAGUGUAUGGUACAAGUUCCAAAAAUGAUAUUGGUAAUUUUGUGACAAAUAAUAAAUGUGAUUUUGGAAUUGAUGAUGAUGAAGAAAUUGAAGAAAAUGUAAUGCCACCACAUGAAUGGCUAGCUAAAAGGCUUGGUAGAAGACAAUUUUCUUCAUUUUCAGUGUGUGAAGGUGUUGGAAGGACAUUAAAAGGAAGAGAUUUAAGUAGGGUAAGAAAUGCUGUUUUAACAAAAACUGGAUUUCUUGAAUAAAUUUGAAAAUAAUCAUCAA